AUGUUGUCGUCUCAUUCCUCUCCAUGUUCAGAUGUUUGUUGUUCGGAUGUUUGUGUUCCAAGUUUUAAUAAAAACAAUGUUGUUGGAGAAGAAAUAAUACCAGAACAACAACAAAAACAUUUAAAUGAACAAAACAUAUUUCAACAAAAACAUCAACAACAACAACAUGUUUCGAUUAGAGAAAAUGAAAACAACAACAUAAACAACGCAAUAAACUGUUGUUGUUGUUUACAAAACCAACAACAAUGUUUUGUUGGAAAUGAACAAUUAUUGAGUGCUGCAACAUUAUCAAAACAUGAAGAAUUGCUUAGACAACAACAACAAAAAAUUGCAGAAUUACAAAAAGAAUUGACUCGUUCACAAAUAGGUUUACAAAAACAUCAACAAAUGUUGGGAGAAGCUAGAAAAGAGUCCCAACCUAGAGAUCCGGAAACUGGAAUAAUUUUUGGGCAGGUUGAAUAUUGGCUUGGACAAUUAAUAAAUACCCAUAGAGAACAACAAUUAACGUUGGAGAGACAAAUAAAUGGGCAAAAAGCCUUAGUUUGUGCUGAGCAAAAACUUCAGGAAGAAUUACAUACAGAACAAGCAGUUCAAGAUAUUUGUAGAUUAAUUGGGCAAGAAUCAAAAACAGCAUUGUUAAUUGUUCGGCUUUUGAGGCGUUAUCAGCUUGAACAUAAUAGUAGUCUAUUAAAUAGUAAUACAACAACAACAAACCAAACAAACCAACAACAACCUCUCUUAAAUUAUUCUCCAAACAAUAACCUUUUAUUACAACAUUCCGAACAUUCAUUAAAUACUCAAGAAGAACAAAAUUUAGUUGAAACAACAACAACAAAACAUAAGAGAAAAGUUGGGAAACAUUCAAACAAAGAAAAACAUCAAAACAUUAACAACAUAACAAUGUUUAAACGCAAAGGAGGUGUCCGAAGUAAAUCUGCAUUGGAAGGUUUAAUUUCAAACGAACAUACAAAAGAUGUUUUUAAACGUUCGAGUUGUGAAUGUUUUGACAACAACAAUAUUAAUAAUCAGAAACGGCCAAACUCAUCUUUGGGUAAAUGUUUUUAUGUGUUUAAUAUGUUUUCCGGAAAACAUGAAUUAAUUUUCCGGAAAUUUACUGAAACAUAUUAUUAUUUAAUUUUUCCGGAAAGUAUAACUUUCCGGAAAUAA